AUGGGUGAAGAAGAAUCGUUCUCGGUGGCGGACACGAGCGCUUCCGGUACCGGGCCGUUGUCGGUAUCAACGGCCGGCGGUAGCCGAACGUGCCGAAAGGAUGUAACCGUAAAAUUUCAUCUCAUGAAAGCACAAGUGGUUGCCCACGCCUACCCACGCCACCAUACGCUCGACGAGGUGAAGGAACACAUUGCGUGCAAAUUUCAGGUGAAAUCGAAAUUCUUACUGCUGCGCCAGGCCGGUGCGGAAGUGCCCGGUCACCGACGCCUGGAGGAGUUGUGCGUCAGCGAGUAUAAUGUGUGCGAUCUGGAGCUGCUGCUGUCCGAAACCGCCCGGGAGGAGAAUGUGCAGCUCAAUCUGAAGCUCUACUAUCGAAAUCUCACUCUUCCCGAUAUCAUAACGGUCCGUAUCCCAGGCGAGGAUGGCAAACCCAGCCGUGAUGUGGUGGUAGAAAUUGAGAACCAAGUAAUCACCAAACCCUUCGUCGGUGGCUACAUAAACAAACAGAACAACGUUGAAUAUCAUCACGCCUUUACGCAAACGGGCCCACCGGCCGAUCGACUGGCACGGGCAGGAACCAAGUUUAGCCGCGACACACAGACCGUGUGCGAAAGGACCACCAUCACGAUGAUCCCACGCACCCAGGCAGUGCAACACUCGGGGUUGGAUGUGGCCGAGCGUAAAGUUCCCGACGGUCAGUGCCGGGUAGCGCUUCCGUACGAAACUGCCCAAGAGCUUGAACGGCGCAAAGAUCUCGUUGGUAAGGUGAUACUGAUACAGCGAAACUUCCGCCGACUGUUGUGGCAGCGGCUCAUUCAAAAGAGUGCCGCCGAAUGGAGAGACUUACGGAAGCUGCAGCAGGAAAAUGAAGCCGCCGCACAAAGCUCCAAAACUAUCGCGCACAACAAAACGGUCGUCGCCCGUGCCUAUCCCAAAACGAACGAAGAGUUUGAUGCACUAUUUGCCCAGAUACACUGCUGGAAGGAGAACGAGAUGAAGCUGAUACGGGAAAAGUAUUCCGGCGCACCGAAAAUAGCCGAGAUGAACAUUUUGCUCGACAAGGAAAUUCAGCUCCUGAACGGCGUCGAGCGGCAGCGGCGUGCCAUCCGGCGGGAGCAGUUGGAAGAGGUGGUCGAGCGGCAGCUGGUCAAAAUCAGUGAACCGAAGCGUUGGGUCGGUUGUAAUAACCGGAUCAUCGAGAUGGAAACACCGCAAACGCAACGGGCACGAUUUUUGCUAGUAUACUACCGGCGGCUAAAGAUGGCCCUACCGCCCAGUGCGGGCGGUGGUGAUCCGCAGGAGCAUGUGGCACUGCUGAACGAACUGUCGGAUGUAAUUGUGCAGGAAAAUCAUCCCGCAACGGGAGAGCUGGAAAGUCUGCUGCAACGGGAACGGCAACUUUUACUCUGUCACUUGACGGUGGAAGACUUUUCCGUUUUGCGAAAACGCCAGCUAACGCUGCUGGCCGACAUUAUACGCACCGAUCCGGAAAAGGCACGCGAAAAGCCGGUCACUAAACUGUGUCGCAAAUGCAAAAAACUUCGACCAACGCACGCAUUCACCAUACACACGCGUCAACGUUCGGCGGACGUGUGCGGUCAGUGUACCUCGCUGCUCGGCUCUACCGUUGACAUUGCCGUCUACCGUUCGAUUCUGCGUGCUGUACGGCGCGAUGAGCGGAAGCGUGGUUCACUCGCUUCGUACGCUUUUAUCAUACAGGAAAAUGACAUCAAGCAUAUUGUGGAAAACAUCUGGCACGGUCAUUCGGUUAUUUCGAACGAUACGGAUCGGGCUGAUCUGAUGUUACCGCGCUGGAACGUUGCACAAGAUUGGUCCCCGUGGAAUUGUAUCUGCCUUACCGAGCAGGAAACACGUGCCCAUCUGAAACUUCAAAAGUUGGACCGUUUUUAUCAGCCGAGCGUGCUGAAGGAAAUUCAAAGCAAGCAUGCCCUGGCCCGAUCCGUGUUUGGACAGCUGCGAGAAAUUGACCAAGAAUUCACCGAAUCCGGCGACUGGUGGCAGGUCGGAUUGGACGAAAAACUGGUAUAA